AUGGCCAAAGCAAGGCGAUCAAGAAAGAACGCUACUGGAGGAGCAACUAUUGCCCCAAUAGCACCGCAAACCACAUCUGCCCUCAGAACGGAUGGCAUUCUGGGCUACAAGAUCCGCGUCCUAAUGUACGAUCUUCUCAACAUUACCAAGGAUCCGUCGUCAGCAAGGAGACUGAACGCCACAGUCGACGAGCACUAUCUCAGCACACCAUAUUUCACAGCCCCCGAGGCGGAAACCAUCAAGAAUGCUACAGUCGAUGUAGAAAUCAGCUCUCAUCUUAUACCAGACGAGUCCAGUGCUACCGAGGCUAUACUGGGAAAGUCACUAUACGGGGCGCUUUGCGCUUUGCUCCAGAACUUCCUCGACAAACGAAGAGCUAGCGGCGACGCUCGGCCUUGCGGGCCUCAUGAUCUGGCGCCUAUAUUUGCGGCUCUUUUUGGAAUAGAGCUGGAGGAGCUGAAGGAUGAAAAAUUUCUAGGCCGCCUGAGGAGGAAUGGGGUGUAA